AUGCCAUCUCCUAACGCAGGUAGCAAGGGUCCUCUGGUACUGUUGUUCGAUAUUGGGGGUGUCUGCGUUGUCUCACCCUUCCAAGCAAUCCUCGACUACGAAAAGGCCAAUGGUAUACCUCUCGGCUUCGUCAACUGGACGAUCUCCCAAACGAACCCGAACGGCGCAUGGCAACGGCUAGAGCGCGGUGAGCUCCUAACCGACAAGCAGUUCUUCGAGGAAUGGAAGCAAGACCUGAAAGAUGAGAAGAGAUGGCGCACAUACUACGCCAAAUACGUCGCCGAGCAGCGGAAGCAGCAAGGAGGUGUCGAGCCCGGAGUGGCCGACUACGGUGUACCUCCAUUGCCUGAAAUCGACACCGAGUGGCUGCAUGUCGAGAUGAUGCGGAUAGCACGCCAGCUGGAUCCGUACAUGGGCCCGGCGUUGAAGAAGCUGAGACAGCACGCCGACCAGAGUGAUGGCAAACUGGUGCUAGGCGCUCUGAGCAACACGAGCAUCUUCCCACCCGGCCACCCGCUCUACGAUGCUUCCUCCAAAGACGGCAAAGCGAGCAAAGGGCUGGAAGGCAUUUUCGAUGUCUUCGUAUCAAGCGCUCACGUAGGGAUGCGGAAGCCGGCGCCGGAUAUUUAUCAGUAUGCCAUAACGCGAUUGCAUGAGUUUGUCAAGACGCAGCGGGCGACGCAGAACGUGAGGGCGGAGAAUAUUGUGUUUGUGGAUGAUAUUGGCACGAACCUUAAGACGGCGAAAUCGCUUGGUAUGCGGACGAUCAAGGUCAACCUUGGGAGGGCGGAUCUUGCUGUCAAGGAGUUGGAGAAGAUUACUGGGUUGGAUUUGAGCGGUGAUAAGGCGAGGUUAUGA